UGACAUUCCUCGUCGCUUUAUAAGCUCAUACAGUCGUACUCUCACGAAGAAUCAUGAUCAGUCGUGAGCACCACGUGAAUUAUUUUUUAAAUCCACAAAAUCAAAUAUCUGAUUCCCUUUGAAAAAAAAAAAACAGAACAGCAAAUGUACGAGUGUAACUCCAAAGCUUGAUUCAAAUCGGAGCAACAGUCUUCCUCCAUUGACAGAAAAAUCAAAUUCACCUGUCAAAAUCGUUAAUUACAGAAAAAUUUGGGUUUUUGAUGGCAAGUCAAGAGAGAUGGUGUGUGGUUACCGGAGGAAGAGGGUUUGCGGCGAGGCAUUUGGUCGAAAUGCUGAUUCGUUAUGAAAUGUUUUGCGUUCGAAUAGCAGAUUUGGGUUCCUCCAUUAAGCUUGAUUCGUAUGAGGAGGAGGGAACCCUUGGUAAAGCUUUGUCGUCUGGGCGUGCUCAAUAUGUAUCUGCUGAUCUUAGAGAUAAAGCUCAAAUGCUUAAAGCCUGUCAUGGAGCUGAGGUUGUCUUCCAUAUGGCAGCUCCUGAUUCUUCUAUUAACAAUUACAAUCUUCAUCGCUCUGUCAAUGUUGAAGGAACAAAGAAUGUGAUCGAGGCAUGUGUUGAGAUGCAAGUAAAGAGAUUAAUUUAUACUAGCUCUGCUAGUGUGGUCUUUGAUGGGGUUCGUGGGGUUCUCAAUGCAGAUGAAUCUUUAUCCUACCCAGUCAAGCAUAAUGAUUUUUAUUCAGCCACCAAAGCUGAAGGAGAAGCAUUAGUCUUGAAGGCAAAUGGUGAAAAGGGGCUUCUUACUUGCUCCUUACGUCCAAGUGGUAUCUUUGGCCCUGGUGACAAGCUACUAGUUCCAUCUUUAGUUGAUGCUGCAAGGGCUGGGAAGUCUAAGUUUAUCAUUGGAGAUGGAAAUAAUAUAUAUGACUUCACCUAUGUUGAAAAUGUCGCUCAUGCUCACAUAUGUGCUGAACGAGCUCUUGCUUCAAAAGGGACAGUUGCAGAAAAAGCUUCAGGGCAGGCAUAUUUCAUUACAAAUAUGGAGCCAAUCAAAUUUUGGGAGUUUAUGUCACUCAUACUUGAGGGUCUAGGUUAUGAAAGGCCAAGAAUAAAGAUUCCUGCAUUCGUUAUGAUGCCUAUUGCACAUUUGGUAGAGUUUGUUUACAAGUUAUUGGCUCCUUAUGGCAUGAAAGUUCCACAGCUGACACCUUCAAGAAUCAGACUCCUUUCUUGCAACAGAACUUUUAAUAGCUCUAAAGCGAAGGAUCAACUUGGCUACACACCAAUUGUGUCACUUCAGGAGGGUCUUGAGAGAACAAUUGAGUCCUACUCGCACUUGAGAGCAGAACACCAGCCUAAAAGGGUUGGACCAUCUAAAGUGCAUAAAUAUCUUGGAGGUGGAAGAGUUGCAGAUACACUCUUAUGGAAGGACAAAAAGCAAAGCCUAGCCACGAUGCUUAUUUUCCUUGCAUUCUAUUACAACUUUGUUGCAUCUGGAUUCACCAUUGUUACAACAAUAUUCAAGAUCAUCUUAUUGACAGCAGUUUUUCUCUACAUUCAUGCCAAUUUGCCUGAAAGAAUAUUUGGAUGCAAUGUUGAGAAAGUUCCUGUAUCAGCUUUCCACUGCUCCGAGGAGAAAUCACGAAGAGCGGCUCUUUCAGUUGCUUCUCAGUGGAAUUCUGCAGUUAGAGUCUUAAAAUCACUUUGUAGGGGCAGUGACUGGAUGUUGUUUCUUAAGGUUGUAAUGAUGCUUCUUAUUGUCAGUUUAUUGGGAUUCAUCUCUUUUCAGCGGUUAUAUUUGGCUGGAAUGCUAAUAAUCUUUGUACCAUUAUACAUCUAUGAUAAGAAAGAAGAAGAAGUUGAUCACCUAAUUUCAAGGGUUACCAAAUUCGGUAGUAAGUCGAAAUCCUACAUGAAGAAAAAAGAUCUGUAGUCAAGAAUCAAGGUGACUGAUUGUUGGUGUGCUUGCUUUGAGUCUGAGAUGACAUGAUACAUGAAGGAUGUGGCUGGUCCCUUAUCUUCAUAUGUUCCAGUCUUUGCGUUGAGGUAGGUCAAGGAUCAUUUUUGUGCCGGUUCUUUCCAACCCUACACAUGUACAGCUUCUUUUGUUCUUUUUACCGAGUUAGUAGGACGGUAAUACUCCUGGGCCUUGAAACUUGUUUUUUUUUUCCCUUCAUAUUACUGGUGCUUAAAAAUCGAGUGAAAUUUAUGAUUUGUGUGUGUGUGUGUUGGGGGUGGGGAGAGGACUUGAGCAUUUUGCAAUCAUCAACAUGUUAUUUUUUUGUUUCCCGUCAGGAAUUGCUGAGAAUCGAUGUUCUUAAGUCCUGUCUGAUAUGUAAUAGUUUUUGAAAUGAUAAGUUGUUUGCUCAUCUUUGAUAUAAUUUUGGGGGAGCGCUUCAGGCGUGAUAUGAUUUUCAAUUCUGAUGCACCUUGGUUGCAUUUGUUACCAAGAAAGAAAACGAGUGUUUUUUUUACUGUUGAAGAUUUGUGAAUUACCUUAAAAUGUCA